AUGAGUGAUCAGGUUGAAAAUCUAAGCAAGGAAUUGGAUAUUUCGAUUGAUAUUGCGAAUGCUGUGAACAAAUCGUUGAAAGAAAUUGACUUGGAUCCCACUUUACGGACACACACGCCUAUUCAAUCUCAGUCUGGAUGUGGGGACGAUAACACUGCGUAUAGGUUGUGGAACCACCAGUAUGUGGAGGCUGGUGAUUCUGGUAUGGGUAUUGGGGGUGAGAGGGCCGUUGGGCUGGAUAAUGUAGCGGCGCAUAAUAAUCAUACUAAUAAUAAUUAUAAUAAUGGUAAUAAUAUAACAGACAUUCUCGAGGAGUGGGACUUUAUCGGGGAUCGAGUGAGGAACACGAGACGAACGAGCAUGGAGGAUAUAUUCAAGGUGAGACAUUACUUGAACCCCAGGUCGUCGUUUUCGAAUUCAGGGACGAAUUCGAGGUGUUGGGUGACGAUAAUCAGGGACGUAUCAGAGGUUGCGUGUGUGGUUGCGCUUAACUCGUCGCUACGGGCGCACAACUCGAAAAUGGUGCUAUGUGUGGUAGUGCCCAGUAGCUGGGAUAUGGUGCUCCCCAGCAUUCCGUUUCUGACGUUUGUCAAGCUCCCUGAGGUGAAGUAUGCGGACGACAAUGACCUCACCCUUUUGACGUUGUGGAGCCACUUGGACUACGAAUUCUGCUGCUACCUUUCACCGUUCAUCAUUUUGCAAGCGAACAUCGAUGAGAUAUUACUAAACGAGGAGAUCUUCGAGGAGAUCGACAACGAGACGUGUGUGUUCCUCACGAACGACACGUACCAGCAUAAGAACGAUAUUGUGUUUGUCUUGUUCAAACCCAGCGUCGAAAUUGGCACUGCGAUGGAUGAGUUUUUGAAAGUUUACAGCGGCGAUUCCGCUAAGCUGGCCCAGCUACGUGAAACUGACGUCUUCGACGCACUCAACACUUUGUUUGGCGAGGCUUGGGGCGUCGUGGGCCGCGAGCUAUGCCACACACCACUGGACCCUUCUCUGUCGUCCAACGCAUCUAUUUUGAACUACAAACAGUUGCAGCCUUGGACCGGCGACCAGAGUGGGAUCUGUCAGGUGUGGUGGAAUAUGUAUAAAGGAAAUUGCUAA